CAAAGCCCAUUUCUGGUGGCUGCACAAGAAAGAGCAUAUGACAAAAUCAUAUAAUCAGUCUCUUUAUAUUAACUACUAUACAAUGCAAUGAUAGCUUUUUACCUGUCGAUAAGAAUAGAAAGAGAGAACACGUUGUGUUGGUUAAACUCUAUUGUACUAUCUCUAUGCAGAUUGGAGUAACAGUCUUCCGUCUCCCCUCCCUCCCUUGUGUUAUGUUUGUACCCUGUUUUGUUCCUUGUGCUGGUCAGUUAUUUUGGUGCAAUGACAAAUUAAACCGAAUUAGAGCGAUUCAGGAGGACUCUUCCACCGGACAGUCCGAUCACACCGGAUUUCAGCGGAGAUCUUCAUUUAUGUGAUGAAGUAACAGGCUGUGCUAGAAUGUCAAACUUUGCGAACUGCGUCUGAUGAGACGAGGACAAUAACUCGCUGAGAAGAACGUUUCAAACACUGUGGAUUUCACUUGAACAUCAACAUGAAGUUCGCCCAGAUCAUGCUGAAGAACAGCUCAAAGCUGAACAUACCUAAACAAGUGGACAGAUUUUCAAAGUACUCUCCGUCCCCGCUGUCAAUGAAGCAGUUCAUUGACUUUGGAUCAGCCAAUGCCUGUGAAAAGACCUCCUUCAUGUUUUUAAGGCAAGAGCUUCCUGUCCGUUUAGCCAACAUCAUGAAGGAGAUCGACUUCCUCCCGGACAAACUGCUCAGCACUCCUUCACUGAAGCUGCUUCAUAGCUGGUAUGCGCAGAGUUUGAUGGAGCUUGUUGACUUUUUGGAGAAAGACCCUGAUGAUAAAAAAAUCCUAACUAAAUUCACAGAAACACUGAUCAAUGUCAGGAACAGGCACAACAAUGUGGUGCCCACCAUGGCACAGGGAGUGCUGGAGUACAAGGAGGCCUUUGGCGUGGAUCCCGUGACCAAUCAGAACGUCCAGUAUUUUUUGGACCGCUUCUACAUGAGCCGAAUCUCCACACGCAUGCUGAUGAAUCAGCACUCGUUAAUCUUCGAUGGCAGCACCAAUCCAGCCCACCCCAAACACAUUGGCAGUAUCGACCCAAACUGUGACGUUGUGGAGGUUGUAAAAGAUGCCUAUGAGAGUGCCAAGAUGCUGUGUGAUCAGUACUACUUGACCUCUCCUGAAGUGGAAAUCAAACAAGUGAACUGUGUGCGAGAAUUUUUUUCUCUCAGACUUUCAGUCUUUGUGUGUCCUGUGCAUGUUAAAGGAUCCAGUGACCCUAUACAUAUAGUUUAUGUGCCUUCUCAUCUGUACCACAUGCUCUUUGAGCUCUUCAAGAAUGCAAUGAGAGCAACUGUGGAAACCCAUGAGACCAGCCUACAUCUACCACCAAUCAAAGUGAGAGUUUCUCUAGGAAGUGAAGAUCUGACCAUCAAGAUGUCUGACAGAGGAGGUGGAGUUCCUUUGAGGAAAAUUGAAAGGCUUUUCAGCUACAUGUAUUCAACUGCACCGAGUCCUGUGGCUGAAAACAGCCGUAAUGCUCCCCUGGCUGGUUUUGGCUAUGGUCUUCCUAUUUCCCGCCUUUAUGCCAAGUACUUCCAGGGAGAUCUGCAGCUCUACUCUAUGGAGGGAUACGGCACGUCGGCAGUCAUAUACCUAAAGGCCUUAUCCACUGAAUCAAUAGAAAGACUUCCUGUCUUCAACAAGUCAGCCUUAAGGCAUUAUCAAACGAGCAUGGAGGCAGACGACUGGUGCAUCCCGAGCAGCGAGCCCAAGAAACUAGGAAAGUACGAGUACAGUGUUUGAGAGGAAUGAGAAGCAUAUACGAUAAACAUAAGGACUGAACUAUAGUGGAGUUAAUUUGGGUAACCAUCUAUGUGACUGUUAAGGUAUUUCAGACGCUUGGUUUUAUCAAAGGGUUGAUAAUUGACUUUAUGAAUGCUACAGUCUGAAUAACAAGGGCAUUUUUGUCUUCCACAUCUCACAUUGCUUAUAAGACACCAUGCAUUUCAUUUGCGGUGCUAACUCUUUCAUUCAGAGUUUCACAGGACAUUCUUCUGUGAAUGCAGAAGAAUGACGACCUGUCAGUCACACAAUGUACCGUUUUUAAAACCGCACAACUGCUGCUAGUCCCUAAUUUCCAUAAGAACUAACAUACACAGUGAUUUUCCUCUACAUUGAGGACUUGAUUAUUAGAUUAUUACGGAGCCCGGGAAGUCGCCUGUAGGAGAAAAAAAAACAAUCCGUGGCGACGGUUUUGCAAUCCGU